CCCGACCCCACAUGGCAGCCUGCUGAAGUUUUGACGGAGCUUGCAAAGCAUGGCCCGGCAGUGGUCUGAGGGCCACUCCUCAUCCAUCCUGUGUGUCGCGGUGUCUCCAGGCCCAGAGGGUCUCCUCGCUUCAGGCGCUGAGGGUGGAGAGGUCACAGUGUGGAGCCAGGAGGGGACCAUCAUAGGCCGUCUCACUCUCCCCGGUGAAGAUGACAGCACAAGUGUCGUGUUUUCUCCUGCAGCUCCAGGCCAGCUGUACGUGUCACACGGAGAAGCUGUGAGUGUGCUCGACCCCCGAAACCUGAAGGGCCCCGUGGAGGAGUUUCCAGGUGCAGGGGAGGAGGAAAUAAAUGCAUUGGCGCUAAAUGAGACGGGUUCGGCCCUGGCAGUGGCUGAUGACUCCGGGGCGGUCCGGGUGCUGGAGCUCCCUGGGGGAAAAGUGUGCAGGACUCUUCGUAGACACACAAACAUCUGCUCGUCUGUAGCUUUUCGGCCUCACAGGCCGAAUAACCUGGUGUCUGCUGGACUGGACAUGCAGGUGAUGCUGUGGGGUCUGCAGAAGACACGCCCUCUGUGGACCGUCAACCUCCAGGAUGUGGCAGAGGAAGAAGACGACCAUCAGCAGCGUCCCGGUCAGCUGUUCAACCCACCACUGGUCCACUGCGUUUCUGUGGCGAGUUGCGGGAACGUUUUGGGUUGUGCGGCAGAGGACGGUCGGGUGCACGUGAUGCGGAUCGGCAGCGGCUCUAAACUCGAACAGCAGGGAGCGGUCAAGGCCCACAGUCAGGGCGCCUCGCAAGCCCACUUUGUUAGUUUCCUCUCCCACCCUCACUGGCUCGUCACCGGGGGGAAUGACGGCCAGGUCGCCCUGUGGGAUCUCAGUAAGCACCCGGUGGUGAAUCCGGAGGGGAAGACCAAAGCUGGAGCGACGGCAGCUCCACGUAGGAAGGGUAAGAACAAGGCAAAGAGGAAAGGACAACCCCAGGAUAAAGCAAAGACGACACCAAAGGCUGAAGCAGAGAAAGAAGUGGAGGAUGAAGGUGCAGAAGGUGCAGAGGAGGAGACGGAGGAGAAGUCUGGACCCAAACUGAGCAUCUGUCAUGGGGACAAGGUGAACUGGUUGUGCCCUGCUAUGCUGAAAGGAGAACCCAGUGUGGUGGUCGCAGAUCAGAGCUCCAGUCUGACGGUCUACCCGCUGUCUCCACUGUAGGUUCACGCACUUAACAGCCUUUUCUGUCAUCUUUUGUUCUCAUUACAACAGUACACUAGUUUGACUAGGGCUGCAAUGAUUAUUUUCACAAUUAAUCGUUAAGUCUCAAAACUGUCCCCAAAAAAUGUGAACAGUUUCUCAAAGCCUAAAGCAGGGUUGGCAACAUUUCUGGUAUUAUCAUUUAAAAUUUUUCUUGUUCAUCAGCGUGCCUUAUCGAUAUAAAGUCAAGCUGUCACUUCUCAAAUUGCUCCGUUAAAACUAAGUCUAUGUCUAACGUCCGUUGUUUUUGGCAUUGGUUUAAAGCAGCAGAGCUCCUCCAUCACAGUCAAAUCACAGUAUCUUGCUGUGACCGCUAAAGGUGUCAUGCACAUCCACACUCUCAUCAAGGGCAUUGCUUAAAUUGCAAACUUUCCGUUUUUAUGCGUGUGUCCCUUCAUAUCAUACCGAGUCCCCUCUCUAUAUUUGGACGUUUUUGUGGGUCCAUGAACACAGCGCUGGCAGAAAUCUUCAGGGGUUUUUCCUCAGCAGCAGUUUGAGUUGCGGGAUGGAUAAUUUAUCUGUCCAUCUGAUCAGAGUUGGUCAGCUCGAUGGAUGAGAGGAGCAGCUGCUGCAAAGGCAAGUAAAAGCAAACUGUUAGACCCAGGUCAAUUAAUGAUUGUUUCACUUUCACUGCCUGGUGUUCUGCUGCUCUGUCUGUGCCCAGAGUAUGUGCACAAUGAAUAACCAUUCAGUAUUUAUUUUCCAACAAGCUUCUAAUAAACGCUGUAGCUCAAAAAAUAGAAAAUAAAUAGAUGAUAGCAAUUAUUGGCAUGGCAGACCCUCACAAAUAAAAGAAUGUGUGGGAAACCUUCACUUAAACAUUUCAAAAACCUCUCUUACAUACUUGCUAGAGUGUCAUUAGUUUUGCUACGGUGUGCCCAAGGUUGCCGACCUUUGACCUGAAGUGACUGCUUCAAAUAGCUUCUUUUGUCUGAAUAAAUGUCCAAACCCUAAA